AUGUCCUCUUAUGAUAAUAUAAUGACGACGAAUACAACAAAUUUCUAUUAUCAACAAUAUCAUCCUUCACAAACACCAUUAUUACAAUCAACAACAAACAAUACGGAUUUAAAUAAACUUGAUAAAGAUCUUAUAUAUAAUCAUCCACUUUUUCCUUUGCUUGCUAUUAUAUUUGAUAAAUGUGAAUUAGCAACUAAUUCACCUCGUGAUGCAAAUAAUCCAAAUUAUGCUUGUUCACUUACAUCACUUAAUGAAGAUGUGAUUGAAUUUACAAAACAAUUAACAAAAGAACAUUUACCAUGUCAUACAUCAAAUCCUGAAAUUGAUAAUCUUAUGAUACAAGCAAUACAAAUUUUAAGAAUUCAUUUACUUGAAUUAGAAAAAGUCCAUGAAUUAUGCGAUAAUUUUUGUCAACGUUAUAUUCAUUUAUUAAAAGGAAAAAUGCCUAUGGACAUUAUAAUGGAUGAUCGAGAUUUAAGUUUUUCAAAAUCUGAAGAUGAACAAAGUGAAAUGAGCAAUCAUGAUUAUGAACAAGAUAUCAAACCGGUGCGUUCAUUGUCUCAAACAUCAACCAAUGAUCAUAAUCAAACAUUAAAAUCAAAUUCGGAUUCAUCAGAAUCACAAAGUCCCAAUCAACAGCAACCACAACAACAACAACAACAACAAUUCUUAUCUAUUCAACAAACUAAUAAUUAUAUGCCAUCAUCAACAAUUCAAUAUUCUCAUCAAUCAAUUGAUGAAACAGAUAAAAGUAGUGAAAAUUUUGAAAGUUCAAUCGAAGGUGAUUAUUAUGAAGAAAAUGAUGAUAAUAAUAAACGUCGUCAAAAAAAACGAGGCAUUUUUCCUAAAGCAGCUACAUCAUUAAUGCGUGCAUGGCUAUUUCAACAUUUAAAUCAUCCGUAUCCAUCUGAGGAACAAAAGAAAAUUUUAGCUCGAGAAACCAAUCUUAAUAUUUUACAAGUUAAUAAUUGGUUUAUUAAUGCUCGCAGAAGAAUUGUACAACCAAUGAUUGAUCAAUCAAAUCGAGCUGUCAUGGGAUCGGAGUAUAAUGAUUUAAUAACUACAAAUCCUUAUCACACAUUUGAUCCAACUCGAACACCGUAUAGCUUUCAACCAAAUCUUUAUGAUGAAAUGACAACUACAUCAGGUUAUUGUCCACCAUCAAUAUCUCAUUCAUCGGGUUAUCCAUCAUGUCCACCAAUGCAUCCAAGUUCAUUUUUUGCUGCUGCAGCUGCAGCCGCAGCGGCUGCUGCUGUUGGUACUAAUGCAACAUCUAUACAACAUGGCAUAUCUCCAUUGUCUUCAUCAUCUUAUCAUGGACAAACAAAUGGGGAAUAG